GCUACGUGCUGUGGGCCCACACCGCCGUGGUGGACGGGUACAAGAACGACAGGCCGCUGCCAGGCACGUCCCCGGACCUUCAGGAUACGUUGGAGGACCAGGACAGACCCCAUCUGGUCGGGUUUGGUCUGGGAGGAGACUUUAACUACAGCUGCUGCAGUCCUGUUUGUUUAGAACUGAAACUGAGAGACGGAAGAAGACCGAGGCGGCUGGAUACAUUGUCAAAGUCUGUCAAGAUAAAGUGAAAAGGUGUCUGUGCCACCGGAUAUAAGCAUGGAGGACGAACUGAUGUUCAGCAUGGAGGAGGAGGGCAGUGCCAAGAGACCCCCUGUCCAGAGAAGCGCCCCCCACCAGCGGGCAUCCUCCCUGAGUGAUGCCAACGCCAGUGAUGACGAUGACGACGACCACAUCAUCUGCCCCAUCCUGGACGACUCUGCCAAAGAAAUCUGCCACUACCUGAAGAAUCUGGUUUACACUCGGCAGCUGUCAAACUCUCUUCCCAAGAGCAACUUCAUGUACAAGAGCGAAACAGAAACAGUGGCAGAACCUCGGUCGUACAGGGUUUUGUCUGAGAGCGCACGGGAGACAUGGAAACAUGCGAUUGAAAAGGCCAGGGCCAUGCCCGACCCCUGGGCACAGUUUCAUCUGGAGGACAUCGAGACUGAACCCUGCAUCCGUUACAGGUACAAUGCCAUCACAGGAGAAUGGGUUCAAGACGAGGUCCACAUCAAGAUGGCCUCUCAGCCGUUUGGGAAAGGGGCGAUGAGGGAGUGCUUCAGAACGAAGAAGCUUUCUAAUUUCUCCCACAGCAGCAACUGGAAGUCGGCAUCUAACUAUGUAGCUAAACGUUACAUGGAGACGGUGGACAGAGACGUUUACUUUGAGGACGUCAGGCUGCAGAUGGAGGCCAAACUCUGGGGAGAGGAAUAUAACCGCCACCGACCGCCCAAACAGGUGGACAUCAUGCAGAUGUGUGUGGUGGAGAUGACAAACAGACCAGGUAAACCUCUCUUCCACCUGGAGCAUUACAUCGAGGGCAAAUACAUCAAAUAUAACUCCAACUCCGGCUUCGUCAGGGACGACAACAUCAGACUUACCCCGCAGGCUUUCAGUCACUUCAGCUUUGAGCGGUCGGGACACCAGCUGAUCGUGGUGGACAUCCAGGGUGUCGGAGAUCUCUACACUGACCCUCAGAUUCACACAGAGACGGGGACCGACUUUGGAGACGGAAAUCUAGGUGUGCGAGGCAUGGCGCUGUUCUUCCACUCUCACCUGUGUAACAAGAUCUGUAAGAGUAUGGGCCUGACGCCUUUUGACCUCUCACCUGCAGAGAAGUCUCAGCUGGACUGCACCAACAAACUGCUUAAGUCGGCCCAGACGGUGCUGAGGGGUUGUGAGGAGCCUUGCGGUUCCCCUCGUGUUCGUACCAUGUCGGCAAGUCGGGCACCUCCGCUGUUAUCCCGCCUGUCUGAGACUUCAUCUGUAGAUGAGAGCAUGAGCGACGUGGACUCGGUCCCCUGCUCCCCACUAGCCACACCUGGAUUUGCGGGCAAAUCACCUAUUGGCUUAUCUUUUACUGGAAUGAAUGAACAUGAAAGACUCAACAAUAACAGCCAAGGUGAACACAAGGAAUCUGACAGCGGCGGUGACAGCGGAUACCCCAGCGAGAGGAGGAGCGAAGGCGAUCCAAAUGACCACGUAGACGGGGCCCAUCAUCGAUACCACAGACAUUAUUCCGAGUCGGAUGAGGACAGUGUCAGACGGAGGAAGAUGGUAGCUCCUCCAAGAGUCUCUGCAAACCUAAAUACACACACUCCUGACAACGAAUGGCUCACAGAGGAGAAGUGGAGCUUCUACCACUCGUCUCGUGCUCACUUCCACCGGCCGUCAUGUGUGGCCACCGAGGUGGAGCGACUCAACACCCUGCUGCAGAAGAAGAUUGGUCAGUCAGUCCUCGGAAAGGUCCACCUGGCGAUGGUGCGGUACCACGAAGCCGGUCGUUUCUGUGAGAAGGACGAGCAGUGGGAUCAGGACUCGGCCAUGUUCCACCUGGAGAGAGCUGCCCUGUGUGGAGAGCUGGAGGCUAUUGUUGCCUUGGGGCAGUGCUGUCUGCAGCUGCCUCAUCACAUACUGCCAGACAUGGAGCUGGAGGAUAAUGCAGGAAACAGGAUGAGAGGUUUCAAGUAUCUCCUGCAGGCUGCUGAAGCAGGAGACAGAUCUUCUAUGAUUAUAGUGGCCAGAGCCUUCGAUACAGGAGUCAAUCUGUCAGCUGACAGAAAGCAGGACUGGACAGAAGCAAUUCACUGGUACGACACUGCGUUGAACAUGACAGACUAUGACGAGGGGGGAGAGUUUGAUGGGACUCAGGAUGAGCCUCGCUACCUGCUGCUGGCUAGAGAGGCAGAGAUGUAUCAAGUGGGAGGCUACAACCUCACAGCAGAGCCACAGAGAGCAGGUGAUCUGUUUACAGAAGCAGCUGAAGCUGCCAUGGCGGCCAUGAAAGGCAGGUUGGCUAACCAGUACUACAUGAAAGCUGAAGAGGCCUGGGCGCUGAUGGAGGAGUGAUUCUGGAUGCACAUUUGUUGCACGAAAAAGGCCACGGGAGUUCAUGUGUCUGACUGAUAGCCAGGCUAAUUUUUUAUACAUUCAGGAUACAACCUGAAUGGUUACAGUUUACAUUUUUUUUUUUUUUUUACAAAAUGUUGAAUGCAUUUUUUGCUAUUGGUGCUUUAGCUGUGGGUGUGUGCGUGUGUGUUCAGCCUGCUAAGAUCAGGCUUUUACAUCUCCAGGUUUCUGGUCUUCCUGCUGUUUGUGAAGCUAGUCAUUCUUUAAUUUCCUGUCCCUGAUUGCCCUCUGGCUAAGUGACUGUUGCUGUAUGAGAGAAGAUCUGAACAAUCAGAACAAAAAGGAAGAAAAUGGUUUACCUAUUUUGCCCCAGAUGUUAACACACUUAUGUUGGAAGAACGUAUGUAAACAAUGCAUGAAGUAUGAAACUGCAAAAUAAAGUUUGCAUUGCUUUUUAUGGGUAAA